AUGGUUUGGGCAAAUGCUAAGAUGAGGCUAGCUUUGUCUCUUGUUACGGUUUUCUUCGGCAUCUCUCUUGCUAAUCUUGAAGUCGGAUUUUACUCCAAUACAUGCCCUCAAGCCGAGUCAAUCGUUAAGAGGGUUGUCUCAGGGGCUGCUCUUUCCGACCCUAACCUCCCAGCCAUACUUCUACGGCUCCAUUUCCAUGAUUGCUUUGUUGAGGGAUGUGAUGGCUCGAUCCUCGUGAACAACGGAGCAAUCUCUGAAAAGAAUGCAUUUGGACAUGAAGGCGUUAGAGGAUUUGAGAUAGUAGAAGCCGUCAAAGCCGAGCUUGAAGCUGCAUGCCCCGGUGUUGUCUCCUGCUCAGACAUUGUUGCCUUGGCUGCACGUGAUGCCAUAUCUUUGGCGAAUGGACCGGCGUAUGAGGUGCCAACUGGGCGGAGAGAUGGUCGGGUUUCGAACAUGUCAUUGGCUAAGGACAUGCCGGAGGUGAGUGACUCGAUUGAGAUACUAAAGGCUAAGUUCAUGCAGAAAGGACUCAACGCCAAAGACCUCGUGCUUCUCAGUGCUGCUCACACUAUCGGAACAACGGCCUGCUUCUUCAUGUCCAAACGGCUCUAUGAUUUCUUACCUGGUGGCCAACCUGACCCGACUAUCAAUCCAACAUUCCUACCCGAAUUAACCACUCAGUGCCCACAAAAUGGUGACAUAAACGUCCGUUUACCAAUUGACCGGUUCAGCGAACGGCUAUUCGACAAGCAGAUUCUGCAAAACAUAAAGGAUGGUUUUGCUGUGCUUCAGACCGACGCAGGUCUUUACGAGGAUGUAACGACCAGACAGGUCGUGGAUUCCUAUCUUGGGAUGCUAAAUCCAUUCUUUGGGCCAACAUUCGAGUCUGAUUUCGUUAAGGCGAUCGUAAAGAUGGGGAAGAUUGGUGUGAAGACUGGUUUCAAAGGGGAGAUUCGACGGGUUUGCUCGGCCUUCAAUUGA